AAGGCCUGGUUUGGUGCGCAAUACUUGGAAACAACACACGUGUGGUGAUUUCUAUCAGUCAUGCCACAGAACGAGUAUAUCGAGCUCUUCAGAAAGCGCCACGGGUACCGCCUGGACCACUUCGAGAAAAAGCGAAAGAAACUUGGAAGAGAGCCACAUGCCAGAGCUGAGUAUGCAAAGAAGAUCCAUGGCCUAAAGGCAAAGCUCUACAACAAGAAGAGAUAUGCGGAAAAGGUUGUCAUGCGGAAAAAGAUCAAGCAGCAUGAGGAGAGGAAGACUAAAAACAGGAGGGACGACGUGGUACCCGAGGGGGCUGUACCACCUUACCUCCUGGACAGAGAAGGCCAGAGUAGAGCAAAAGUCCUGAGCAACAUGAUCAAACAGAAGAGAAAGGAGAAAGCCGGUAAAUGGACUGUUCCUCUGCCAAAAGUGAGAGCAGUAGGUGAAGAUGAAGUAUUCAAGGUUCUGCGGUCUGGAAAGAGGCGAAAGAAGUCGUGGAAACGCAUGGUAACCAAGGUAACGUACGUGGGGGAGGGGUUUACGAGGAAGCUCCAAGUACGAGAGGUUCAUCAGACCGAUGGCUCUUCGAUUCAAGAAGGCCACGUCACCCAUCCAGAGUUGAAGGCAACAUUUCAUCUACCAAUUAUUGGAGUGAAAAAGAACCCCCAGUCGCCGACCUUUACCAAUCUAGGGGUCAUCACCAAGGGAACCAUUAUUGAAGUAAAUAUUAGUGAACUUGGCUUAGUGACACAGAGUGGAAAAGUAGUGUGGGGCAAGUAUGCACAGGUUACCAACAAUCCAGAAAACGAUGGUUGCAUCAAUGCAGUUCUUCUGGUCUAACAAACAAACACACACAAUGAUUUGUUUUUAUCCAUCAAUUUUAUGAACCGGUUGUACACAUAAUAUCGUGAUUAUGCCUGCAGUGUGAUGAUUGAUUUUCAGUUUCAAUCUGAGUCCUCGUCACUGGGGGGUCCCCCCACAGAGUAGCAAUCAGCUAGCGACGAAACGUUCUGAACUAGUUCAGCGGUGUUGUCGUGGUCCAGACAGGUCUCGGCGUAGGCGGGGAACUGUCGCGUGUGGCGGGGGUUCACGAGGGAGAGGAGAGAGAGGAGGAGGUGUUUGGUGCUGGACUGUGUCUGUAGGCGAGAGACGGGCCCAACAUACUGGUGUCUGUCUGACUGUCAUUAUGUCGCUGGUUGAUAGAAUUCUGGGAAAUAAAGUUGGUGUGUGGCAAGUGGGAGGGGCUUCUGGAUGCAGCACAGCAAGCUGUACAGUCGCACUAGUUGUGAAAAACAGGUUUGAGUGAAUUGUGGAAUGGGACGGGUAGGGGCCCCGACACAUGUUAAAAACCGAUGGGGGACAGCUUUCCAAAAAUUGCAUGGAUGAUUGGUAGAGGUAAGCACAAUUUUGUUGCAAAAGAUAUACCGUUUGAGUGGUAAUUAGGGGGUGUGCCUCUGAGGCUGGUUGCUAGGGACAGAGUGUCGUUCUUUGGAUCUUGGACCAAACGGUUUUGAGGAGUUUGGAAGGGCCGGGGAAGACAGGGAGAGAGGGCGAGCUGGGAAAUGGGCCAGGGGUUGCCAUGGGGAGGGAGGAAGUGGAAAACGGGCAGGAGCAGCAGAGAGACUCCAAGACUGCAUAUCUUUCUCCCAGCAGCGGUGAGACUGUCGGUGAGAAGAGGGAGGGUGGUGAGGUUGUGAUGGGUGCGGUAGAAGAGAGUGGCCGUCUCGAGAGCUGAGGCAAAGACAGCUGACGUGUGGUACAGCAGAGCUGGCUGGAUGGGGAGGGAG